UGUGUGAGGGAGGGUGUAUCAAAGUGGAUUCCUUAAAGAGAAUGAGCAAAGAGAUCAACAAAGCCUGGGAAGCAACAAUUCGCAAAUCGAGUGGUACGAAGAAAAGGGCAAGCAGCAUCUUCUCACAAAUGUCUGUGGCCCAUGUGGAUGACGAUGUGUCGUCGGAGGUGUGUCAGGUUGAGAAGAUUCUCCCCAACGGUGACUUCUACACAGGCCAAUGGCUGGAGAAGUUCCCCCAUGGCCAAGGAAAGUACCUUUGGACAGAUGGGUGCAUGUAUUUCGGUGAAUGGAUCACGGGAAGCACCAUGGGAAAGGGGAGGUUUAGCUGGCCUAGUGGUGCUACCUAUGAGGGUGAAUUCAAGAGUGGUUACAUGGAUGGGAAAGGCACUUAUAUUGGUGCUUCCGGGGACACCUAUAAGGGGUCUUGGGUGAUGAACUUGAAGCAGGGACAGGGGACUGAGAGCUAUCCCAAUGGAGAUUUCUAUGAUGGGGAGUGGAAGAAGGGGUUGCAGAAUGGGCAAGGAAGGUACCAGUGGAAGAAUGGGAACCAGUACAUUGGGCAGUGGAAGAAUGGGGUGUUCAGUGGGAAUGGCACCAUGAUGUGGAACAAUGGGAAUAGGUAUGAUGGGGCUUGGGAGGAAGGUUUGCCUAAGGGAAAUGGCACAUUCAGGUGGAGUGACGGGAGUUUCUAUGUUGGGGUUUGGAGUCAAGACGCAGAGGAACAGAGUGGGACUUAUUAUCCUUCUGAAUCUUCUUCUGAAAGUCCUAUGGAUUGGGAUCCUCAGAAUCUUUACACAGUGGAGCUGAGUGAUUGCCAUAUUUGUCCUUGUGAGAAAGUGGCAAUUUACCCUUCACAGAAAACAUUGAGUGGGUGUGGUGGAGAGGAUGAUAAUAGGCCACUGUUUAAGAAGAGAACUGAUGGGAGUGGGAGGCCAAGGUGGACUUCAGAGGAUGGGAGGAUCAGUAGCUACAGUAAUGAUGGGAAUGGUGGUUUAGAUGUAGGUAGAAAAUCUGGAUUUAGUGCCCUGGAAGCUCGUUCCAUUUCUACUAGAACCAGUUUUACGAGGUUGAGAAUAAAGAAUCCCAAGAGACAAGGAGAGACCAUAUCCAAAGGGCACAAGAAUUAUGAGCUUAUGUUGAAUCUGCAGCUAGGUAUCAGACAUUCUGUUGGAAGACCUGCUCCAACUCCAUCGCUUGAUUUGAAGUCUUCUGCUUUUGAUCCCAAAGAAAAAGUAUGGACAAGAUUUCCAACGGAAGGAUCCAAGCACACACCACCUCACCCGUCUAGUGAAUUUAGAUGGAAAGACUACUGCCCGGUUGUGUUCAGGGCUCUCAGAAAAUUGUUCAAAGUUGAUCCGGCUGAUUAUAUGAUUUCAAUAUGUGGGAAUGAUGCCCUUCGAGAGCUCUCAUCCCCUGGGAAAAGUGGAAGCUUUUUCUAUUUGACAAACGAUGAUCGUUACAUGAUAAAGACCAUGAAAAAAGCUGAAGUAAAGGUUUUUCUGAGAAUGCUCCCUGCUUAUUACAAACAUGUUCGAUCUUUUGAGAACACUCUAGUUACCAAGUUCUAUGGCCUCCACUGUGUUAAACUAACAGGAACUUCACAGAAGAAGGUUCGCUUUGUCAUCAUGGGAAACCUGUUCUGUUCUCAAUAUGCCAUCCACAGGCGCUUUGACCUAAAAGGUUCAACCUUUGGUCGCACCACUGACAAACCCGAAUCAGAAAUAGAACCUACAACAACACUCAAGGACCUUGACCUAAAUUUUAUAUUCCGGUUACAGAAGUCUUGGUUCCAAGAAUUCUGCAGGCAAGUGGAUAGGGACUGUGACUUUCUUGAGCAGGAGAGGAUUAUGGAUUACAGUAUGUUGGUUGGUCUUCACUUUAAGGAAACAACAUCUGCUGGCACUGUUGCACCUACACGUAUCAGUUUAGACAGUGCAGAAGAUGGAAGGCCCGGUCUCUCUGGAGUUGAUGCUGAUAAUCUUUCAGUAGAUCCUAGCCGGUGGAUUCAAUUAGGAAUAAAUAUGCCAGCAAGGGCUGAAAUGACUGUGAGAAAAAGCACGAGUGAGACUCCUCAGCUGGUUGGAGAACCAACUGGAGAGUGUCAUGACAUCAUAAUCUUUUUUGGUAUCAUAGACAUAUUGCAAGACUAUGAUAUCAGUAAAAAGCUAGAACAUGCUUACAAAUCGUUCCAGUAUGAUCCAACAUCAAUCUCUGCUGUUGAUCCAAGGCAAUACUCAAAACGCUUUCGUGAUUUCAUCUUCAGAAUUUUUGUAGAUGACACUUGAAGGUGAGAUUUUGAUGCUAAAAAUUCAUCUUUCAACAGGUGCCCAUCAAUGUAUAGUUACAAGGAAAUCACAAAGUUCUAACAAUCACAUUCAUACUCAUACAUAGUUUAGCAAUCACACACUUAUUGGAGGCUAUUUUGUGAUCACAGAGACAUACACAUUUUCUAAAACUUCUGCAUUUUCUAGUUCAUCAUUAUU